AUGGUGCUAAAAGAAAGGUACCGUACGUUUAAAUAUUUGAUCGACACACCGAACGCGGUUUUUGACGUCAACGAUAUAUACGUACAUCUUGACGGGUAUCAACGGGAGAUUUCUAUCGAGCACUGGCUACUAGGAGAGCAUUAUUUUAACAAUCUAGAGCCUAUGUGGGAUACCUUUACAAGGACAUUUGCUGAUUUAAGCCUGAACAACUACCCGAAUGAAGAGUUUUGGAAAAGGCACCCAGAUUUUCUAACGUUUGAUCAAUUGGUGGCCAACUAUUGGGCCAAAGAGGCGCGCCAAGCGGCGUAG